AUGUCGGUAUUGGGCAUUUUCCUCAAUGUUCUUCUGUUUUACAUCGCCUGUUACCAUUCUCCGAGCACUAUGAAGUCCUACGCAAUGUUCAUCAUGAAUUUCGCUAUCACCGACUUUUUCGCUUGUAUACUCGACGUGUUCUGUGAACAGAGGUCAUUUUUUAUUUCAGCUUAAUAUUUAAAAAAUGAGAUUGAAAAUGUCUAUAAAAUCGAAGGUUCGUGAAAGCGUUAAUCAUAAAAUCCGAGAUAAGAAAGUUCAUUUAAUUAAAAAAUCUUUUUCUCUCAGACUAACCCCAGGAGGAUGGACACUAUUCUACUUGUCUUACGGGCCCUGCGGCUAUUUCGGACCAAGAGCCUGUUUCAUAGCGUAAGACUCCUUGGGCUCAACGUUGAAUAGUUUCUGGAAAACUACAGGUACAGCUUGAUGCUCCACGUCUACAGUUAUUCGUUAUUGUGUUUGUUGAUUUCGUUCGCCUAUCGACUUUAUAUCUUGUACAGACCGGCGCCAAGCACAAAAAGUGUGCUAUCGCUGAUUCUGGUGAUUUAUAUGCCUUCAUUCAUUCAAUUCGUAAGAUUUUUGUUCUCAUUUUCUGUGAUUUUAGAAGAAGAGUGUAGACAAAUUUUAUGCACGGUUUCAAAGAACCGUUUUUUUGCUUUUUUUGGGUCGCCUACGCUUUCAAAACGUCCUUUUUGAGCAGACUGAAUACUGAGAAAUGUAGCUAUCCUUUCACAUCUGAUUUGAGGCGGACGGAAAGAUUUAAAAAAUCCCAUUUCCUGGCCCCUUAGUUGUUUUCACCUUUCUGGGCCUCUUUCAAUAAUAAGCUUUCUCAAACUUUUUGUGAUCUAAUAUGUCCCUCCAACCACUAGAUCGGCUCAAUUAGACUCAUUGGUCUUUCCCAGGUGUUUUUCAUCGGCACUCAAGACCCGACGGAAGAAGUGGAAGCGGAAUUGUACAAAAAGUUCCCCGAGUACAAGCUUGACGGCGCGACUUUGAGUGGAACCGUGGAUAUUCGGACUUUCAACGUUCUUUUCACUGUAUUCUACAUGACGCUGCCCGUCACUCCCGUUUACAUCUGUAUUUUGAUCAUAAGGAGGAAAAUCGUGCAGAAACUUAUAAGAGCGAGUAUUCAUAUGCACAGCAGAACCAAGGCCAUGCACGACCAGCUUUUGACUGUGAGAUUUGAGAAAAUGAUUUAUUUAGCGCUGGCUUGAGAGGAAAAAACACUCAAUUUAACAGUUAAACAAAAAAACCAUUCUUCAGAAGUAGACAAGUUAAAUUGGGGGAGCUUUUGUUGAGUUUUCCCAAGUGAAAUGUAGUGUCUUUUGCUUUUUUCUCAAGCCAUUCGCAAAUGAAUUAUAAAAGAGAUCUAAUCGAAAAGCUUUCUUUCCAGGCUCUAACCUAUCAAGCUGCGAUUCCCAGCUUUUUCUGGUUCGCCGUCUUGAGCUACGUCAUCGGCCAACUAGGAAUCUACAACCACGCGGCUCUCGAAUACGCCGGUUUCACUUUCGUCGUUCUCAUUCCAGUGAUGAAUCCACUGGCAACCCUGAUCUUCAUCGGACCUUACCGAUAUCAAUUGAAGCGUUUCCUGGGAGGCAAAUUCAGCAAAAUCGCAAGUGUUACCGCUGGAAACUCACACGGUUAUAAUGGUACUGAUACGAAUCCUACAUAAUCCUCAGUGUGGGCCGUGAUUCGCUUUCAUUCCUAAUAAAUUAUUUCUUGCUAAAUUUGUGAAAUUAUAAAAAUAUUGAAAUAAAAAGUUUGUAAUAAUGAUGAAACACUGUGAAAAAAAAUAAAGAAAAAGCAAGUCCUAAAAAAGGAAGCUUUUUUUUUAUUUUUGAGUUCAGGUGGAGAAGCAGCUGAUCAUCGGAACGCUUGACUCUCGGCUACUACUUUCUCAAGGAAGGCGAGAUGAUCUUGAUCAACGACAGUUCCACGAACCGAAAAAAAAUUAUCCAUGUAUCCUAUAA